CAUCCGUUGGUCGACAAAGCCGUUCGUCAUCUCCGCACAGAAAGUCCCGGUAAGCAUGUGGCAUCUGUAAAUCCAGAGCCUCCGAGGAUUAUGAUAUCUGGGGCUCCUGCAUCAGGGAAAGGAACGCAAUGCGGGCUAAUCAUCAAGAAGUAUGGGUUGGUGCAUAUUGCUGCUGGAGAUCUACUGAGGGCAGAAGUGGCAGCUGGUAGUGAAAAUGGAAAGCGAGCCAAGGAAUAUAUGGAGAAAGGGCAGUUGGUGCCCAAUGAAAUAGUUGUCAUGAUGGUGAAGGAGCGUCUCUUGAAGUCUGAUUCUCAAGAAAAGGGAUGGCUUUUGGAUGGAUAUCCUAGGAGCUUAUCACAAGCAAUGGCUCUUGAGGAACUUGGGAUCCGACCAGAACUUUUUAUUCUUCUGGAGGUUUCUGAGGAGAAACUUGUUGAGAGAGUGGUUGGUCGAAGGCUUGAUCCUGUUACUGGAAAGAUAUAUCAUCUGAGCUAUUCUCCCCCAGAGACUGAAGAAAUCGCUGCCAGGUUGACCCAUCGUUUUGAUGAUACUGAAGAAAAGGUGAAAUUACGAUUGCAGACUCAUCAUCAGAAUGUGAAAGAUGUACUUUCGAUAUAUGAAGACAUAACAAUCAAGGUUGAUGGAAAUGCAUCGAAGGAGGAUGUUUUUGCACAGAUUGACAGUGCUGUGUCUGGACUUGUGGAGCAAAAAGGACUUCAACAUCCUUGCGUCAAGUAUGAUGCUUAGACAGCUACUAACACCUUAUAUUAGCGAAUUGUUGGUUGAAACUUGCAAAGAAUAACCUGAUGUUCUGCUGGCUUGAUUUGUCCUAUAAAUACGUUGGGUGAUUCUCCUGCAACACUUUAUUCAUUUAUUUAAUAUUUUUUUUAAACUUUUAUCCCCAUAUUUACUUGUAUAUUUUUUUUUCCUGAAUCAAAAGUUCCAGAGUUUCAAGUCAAUUCUGGCUGCUGAUAUGAAGAUAUAGCGACUCUGCAUUAUUCUUGUUAUAUUGACUCCUUUCUCUGUUAGAAAAACUCCUAUACUCUUGUUACAUUGGAAUUUAAUGGAAGCUUCAAACUGAGUUCUGGUACUUGUUA